AGGCCGCUGAUGGCGUGGACUCCGCUCCGUCCAAUCAGAGGCUGCGCCUGCCGCUGCGCCCCGCCCUCUGCCGCUGUGUGAGCAGCGCGGGAAGCGCGCGGAUGAAAGCCUGGUCAGAAUGAGCGAGUCCGCGGGGAAAGCGCGCUCUCUGAGCGACGAGCAGAUCAUCAACCGAUGGGGCUUCGACUACUACGUGUUCAAAGCGCUGAGCGCCUUCAGAGACGCGGACUACACGGCCUUCACGCACUUCACCAGCAUCAUCGAGAAUCUGGUGGUCAGACCCGUUGACGGACACAGCGACAUGAUCGUGAAGCUGCGCUGCAUGCAGUUCCUGUCCCGGAUCAACAACGGAGACAAGCUCGAUCUGACGUUUGAGGAGCCCAAGACCCCUCUGGAGUCGGCCCUGAGCGUGCUGGAGAGCAUCUGCCGGGACAUGAGCGUCCCCCAGCGGGAGCAGCAGCGCGUCACGCAGGCCAUCAUCGAGACGCUGAUCAUGGUGUGCAUCCGCGGCGGGGAGUUCGCGAGGGCCGAGGAGGUGCUGCUCACACACUUCAGCGACGCCGCAGACUCGGCCGGGAAGAAGAAGCUGCUGCUGAGCCUGAUUCGGCGCCGCCGCUCCUCUCACUCCGUGCUGCAGCUCAGCUCAUACGCAGACUUCAAGCAGGACAUGCUGGACUUCAUCGAGCGGCUCUACCGCGUCCCCGAGCCCUUCCUCCUGCAGAUGCUGAAGCGCUCCGGACACCCCAGCGUCAGGUCUGAGCCCGUCACCUCGUCCUCACAGGACAGACAGAAGACCAGCACCGCUGCAGAGGAUCAUGGCGUGGUGCCUCCCGCGGCGCGUCUGAGUCUGCGCAGUCUGCGGCAGGUGUACGGUGUGCUGCGCGAGCGCUACGCCGUCAGCGUCUCCUUCACGCAGCUGCAGCACGAGCUGGAGGAGGAGGAGGAGAGCCCCGAGCCGGCCGGACCAGAGCUGCACCUGGCCCUGUCCGAGACGCCCCUGGACCGAGAGAGCCAGCUGCCGUACGCCGGCAUGACCAUCUCACGCCUGGUGCAGGAGGACGACAGCCAGCUCAGUGAUGAAGAAGAGGAGGAGGAGGAGGAGGAGGAGGCGCAGAUCAGCUCGCCUCACAGGAUCGUCGUUCCCAGCGGCCCAGACUCAGACGAUCCUGAGGUCCAGACGCGUCCCAGCAGCCCUCCGCCUGCCAGACACACAUCCCCACAGAACCACAACAGUGAGACUUCAUCGGCUCAGAUCUGUACUCCCGCUCGUCACAGCAGACGCUCAGACACACACAGCAGUGAGACUUCAUCGGCUCAGAUCUGUACUCCCGCUCGUCACAGCAGACGCUCAGACACACACAGCAGUGAGACUUCAUCAGCUCAGAUCUGCACUCCCACUCGUCACAGCAGACGCUCAGACACACGGAAACGCAACAGGACGGUGCUGUCCAGUGAUGUGGAGUCUGAGGACCACGCCGCGUCUCCUCCGUCCAGCAGACGCUCGUCCAGACACCAACAACAGCAGAAGAGCGAUCACAGUGAGUCUGAGUGUGUGAUGAUGGAGGUGCAGUGUUCAUCAGCUCAGGUUUCCUCUCCCGCUCGUCCCAGCAGCCGCUCUCCGGCCGUCAAAGACACACACAAAAAACACAGGAUCGUUCUGUCCAGUGAUGUAGAGUCUGAGGACCACGCCGCGUCUCCUUCGUCCAGCAGACGCUCGUCCAGACACCAACACCAGCAGAAGAGCGAUCACAGUGUGGGUGAAUCCGCUCCGGACUCGACUCCUGCUCGUCCCAGCAGCCCUGCAUCUGUCAGACGCUCAGACAGAGAGACACACAAAAAACACAGGAUCGUUCUGUCCAGUGACGUGGAGUCUGAGGACCACGCCGCGUCUCCUUCGUCCAGCAGACGCUCGUCCAGACACAAACACCAGCAGAAGAGCGAUCACAGUGUGGGUGAAUCCGCUCCGGACUCGACUCCUGCUCGUCCCAGCAGCCCUGCAUCUGUCAGACGCUCAGACAGAGACACACACAAAAAACACAGGAUCGUUCUGUCCAGUGAUGUGGAGUCUGAGGACCACGCCGCGUCUCCUUCGUCCAGCAGACGCUCGUCCAGACACAAACACCAGCAGAAGAGCGAUCACAGUGUGGGUGAAUCAGCUCCGGUCUCGACUCCUGCUCGUCCCAGCAGCCCUGCGUCCGUCAGACGCUCAGACAGAGACACACAGGACCAGAGCAGCGAGUGUGAGAUGGAGGUGGAGGAUGGAGGUUCAUCCGUCCAGCACUCGACUCCUGCUCGUCCCAGCAGCAGACGCUCGGCCGCAGACACACCGGAGCAGAACAGGAGUGUGAUAGUGUCCAGUGAGUCUGAGGAUCACAGCUCGUCUCCUGCAGCGCAGACGCACCGCCGCCGCAGCAGCUCUCCGUCCUCUGGAGGAGCUCACAGAAGGAGGAGGGCCCGAUGGCAGGACGUGUCCGGGACGCACGAGAACUGGAGCGACGAGGAGUCACUGUUCAGUGCCACUUCAGGCCGGUCCAGUAAGAAGUGCAGCAGGAAGAUGUGGACGGUGCAGGAGUCGGAGUGGCUGAAGGAGGGAGUGCAGCGCUUCGGCGCGGGACACUGGGAGAAGAUCCGCUCCGCCUUCCCCUUCACCGGACGCACCGCCGUCAACCUGAAGGACCGCUGGAGGACCAUGCUCAAGCUCAGGCUGGUGUGACCCACGCACACCUGUUUUAUCAUGUUUUACUCUCUUGUUCCUCAAACUGUUUUAAAAGGUUUGUGUUCCUUAUUAAACGUUUGUUCUGUUCGUGCA